GUUGGGGCAUCAGGCCUCGUCCCCUCGACUUUAUCUGAUACUGUUCAUUGAAUGUCUUCCAUGUUGCUCGACAACAAUUUGAGUCCUUCAAACCCCCGCACUCUUCUCGAGAACCUAAAAAUCUCACUUACCUAACGAUCCGUUCAAUUUCGUGGUGCUUUUAAUCUACAGCUGCACCAGCGCUUCGACCGCGAUACCGUCUACCUUCUCUGUCUAUCAACAAAGGAAUAUCACCAGUCUCAACAUUUCAGUUAUCCAGCUCUACUCGCGAUACUAUGUCGGGUGUUGUCGAGUCAGUCCAGGCCAAGGCCCAGGAAGUCGCGAAAGAGGACUAUGACCGCGCCAAAGCCCUGAUCAACGAUGCCGCAAAGAGCGGGUCCUACUUGUAUCCCAUCAAGGGAAUCUUCUACUUCUUGAGCCAUCGGAGCCUUUGGAAGCCCCUCCUUAAGAAGCUGGCCCCUAUCGUGACGCUUUCUGUAGGAGUGGUGACGGGCAUGUUUUUCUUCACCUACGUGCCGCAACUCGCCCUUAUGACUUUCGUCAACGGACCGCUCGCAGUCCUCACCACAGCAGUUCUCGUAUUGAACGAGAGCUCUGCAGUCAUUUCGUUCCUCUCCAGGAACUUUGUGAUGCAGGAUGCCCUCUUGGACACCUUUGACGGUACCCUGGUCUCCAGGGGCGCUACCAAUCUCGUCAGUGAAGGCAGAGAGCUGAAGUCGGGCAGAGAUCCCAUUCAGAGACUGGGAAAGGUUCUCAAGAACCCCUUCCAGCGUUUCAGUCCCAAGGCAUUGAUUCGAUAUGUCAUGUAUCUGCCGCUCAACUUCAUUCCAGUUGUCGGCACGGUAGCAUUCAUCAUCUUGCAAGGACGCUCUCGCGGCAGCACGGUUCACGACCGGUACUUUCAACUCAAGCGAUGGUCCGCGAGCCAAAAGGCGCAGUGGCUUUCAGAGCAUGCAGGCCCCUAUUCAGCCUUCGGUGUUUUGGCAACGCUCCUUGAGAUGGUUCCGGUUGCCUCCGUGUUCUUCUCUUUCACAAACGCCGUUGGUGCGGCACUAUGGGCGGCCGAUAUCGAGAACAAGGAGACCGAGAUGACCGAUGGCACAGCUCCUGGUCUUCGUGAAGCGGCAAAGAAAGCCGAGUGAGAUGGUACCAGAGCAGAAGACCGAAAUUUGUCAAUGCAUCACACAGAUGCACAUCCCUGAGUGGGAGGUAUCUUUGACAUGACACAGUUGGUCAAUUCGAAGGUGGUGUUGCAUGUUGCAUCUGCUUGGCCGAAGAGGUACGGCAUUUUGACAGCGCAGGAUGCUGUGCGACCAGCUCAAGCCCUCGCUUGAUUCCGACUUCCAGGCUUUUCCUUCGAUGUUUUCUGUCAAAACUUUCAUCCGCCUCUUCAUUUCGGAGUAUUGGGAGGCUAGGACAUUAUUUCCACCCGGCAACUGCCUCACCAUGCUGAAUACGAGAAUAAGCACGUUUUAAUUCCAUGAGGGUUCCAAA